AAUGUAAAUUGUAAAUUGUAAAUUGUAAAGUGCCAAGAGCCCAAGAGUGUAUAAAACCUAAAUUGAAGCGACUGGGAUUUGGAAAUUAAAUUUUGGAGGGCGAUGAAAAAACAAGAGGGCGCGAUCUUUCAAAUAUUUUGAGUUUUUUUACGCGGUUUUCUCAGAUUCCCGCCUACGCAAAAUUUCUUCUCCCUCCAAUAACACUUGUUUGACUUCGAAUUUAACAAUGGACUGAAUGGAGGAACACAUUUACCGAUUUGCCACUGCAGUUAAAAAAUGACAAUACGUCGCCUUGUUCUCGACGACGACGACGAAGUUGAACAACUUCAAACUCCGCAACCCUCCGUCACAUCCACGCCCCAACCUUCAAACUCCUCUAACUUUCCAUCUGUGCCUCUUCUAAUCUCCGACGACGACGAUGAUGCCGCCUUCGUCGACGUCCCCGAUUACCUCUCGCCGCCGCCUCCUCCGCAACCUAGGGCUUCAAGCUGCCCCGUGGGCGACUCUCUUCGUCGGCUGGGACUGGGGCUGAAGAGAGAGUGGGUGGAUGCAUGCCUUGGCGAACUUGAGGGCUCCGUGAGGGGAUUUGCGGGGUUCGAUGUUACUGCGAAGGCCAAGCUCUGUUUCGAGCAAUUUCUCUUUUCGGAUAUGAACUCGUGUGGGAGCGGCGUGCUGCCUCCCAAUGUGCAUUCCAUGCAUCUCGUUAAUCUCUCCGGCCCUUUUGUGUUGCAGGUUGAUGAAAUCCUUAAUAUGAGUUGUCCUCUUCGAGGGAGAUAUCAACAAGCCCCACCCGGAUUAAAGAGGUGCCUGAAGUUAUCAAUGACGGAUGGCAUUCAGAGAGUCUUUGCGAUGGAAUAUAGGCCCAUUCUAUCUCUUGAUGUUUGUGCAUCUUCUGGUUUAAAGGUUGCUAUCUCUAAUGUACAUGUGCGACGUGGGCUUUUGAUGCUUGUCCCUGAGACAAUUGAAAUUUUGGGGGGACUAGUUGAGCAGCUGGAUGCAGCUCGAAAGCGGCUAGUUGAUGAAUUGAACAAGCCACCCAGGGGGAAAAGAACUAAACAUGGAGUCCUUCCUCCUUUAGCAACUAGAGCAACUCUUGCAGCAUGGCCAGCGAGUACAGUUGAUGAUACUGGGCGCAGCAGCUCUGUGUUUCAAAGUACUGAUUCUGUCCAGAUUAACAACGAAGGUGCUGGCCUGACCAUGUCUGGCACUGGAAACUGUGUAACUACAGAAGAUACCAAUCUCAUGGGUGUACGAAAUGCUGCUUCCAAUUCAAUACCCAGCACGGUUGCAAACGCUGACACCAUGAAUGUGGAUAUGCAUGCUGAUACCAACCCUGCAAGCUUUGCGAAUUCCACAGCCACUCAAUUCUCUUCAGCAGUUGCAAGGGCUCAGGAGAUGCAUAUAGAUACUGCAGCUAUAGCAGGAGAAAAUUCGGUCGGCAACCAAUCUUCUCAUUUGUCUACAAAUGAUGCAACGGCACAUAAAGAUACUGUUCAUAUAACAAGAACAAGUUAUGUGCCCCCGAAGAGCUCUCCUAUUGUGCAAAAUGUCGAGACAGAUAAGGAUAGAGUUAUUGAAGAUACAGAAAAUGAUCAUCCUAGAGGAUCUUCCUCCACUGUUCCUAACAAUCAUGAUGUCCAUAUGGUUGAUGACGAUUACCACGCCAUUGAAGUUACAGAUAAUGAUCUUUGGAGAGGAUCUUCCUCCACUUCUGUAAACAAUAACAAUGUCCAUAUGGUUGAUGACAGUGACCACCCACGUAUGCUGUCUGCAGACCAAGAAGUUCCUUUCACAUACUUAGCUAGUUUGUCAGCCAAGUGGGUUACAAUGAAGGAGAAAGUUCCUUCAGUUCAUGGUAAAAUUAAGUGCUUUUUAACUGGUGUAAAGCGAUUCCAAUAUAAGGGAAGGAGAACAUACGAGCUGCAGGCAUAUGUAGAUGAUGGUAGUCUCAUUGCCGAAGUUCUUAUUGAUCAUCAUGUUGUACAAAAUGGAAUUGGCUAUUCUCCGGAGGAAGUCACUGCAGCACUUUCUUCUUCUGACAACAAAAUAGUGCAGAACAUAAAGAACGUAAUGCAUAAGUUCCAAGCAUUUUUAAUAAACUUCGAGGGUAUAAUGCAGGUGGAACUAAAUAGAAAAUCAUCGCUUCCAGUUGCUGUAGAGAUGAGUCAAGGCUGCCCUCAGUCUGAUGCGUGGUUACUUCUGAGACGGCUCAAGUCCCUUUACCCCCCACAAACCCAAACACAUUGUCCUUCGAAUCCAAUUGAAUUGUCACCAUAGUUAUCUGAAUGGGUAGAAUGUUAUAAGUUGGGCUCUGACUAUUGUCAUGUUACCUAUGGCAAACUGCUUGCAUAAUUGAGAUGGACUUGGAUUUGUUGGACAAUUGAAUCAUUUUUUCAUAAAUUUAUGGCUAUGCUCCUUCGCUUGUGUAUUCUACCGAGCUCGAAAUUAUGAUUGGAGUUAUGAAUUAUAAGCAAGCAUUUGGUGAUGUAAAGUAAGACUUAUAGCACAUGGAUGUAUGGAUGUAAUUAAGGCAAUAGGCAUGACAUAUGUAUACAGAAUGGUCGUUCUUUUCAGAACUAGUAAGAGCCUUCUCUUUUCUCUGCAUUAGAUUUUGGGUUCUAACUUCUAAAAAAUUGCGAGCAGAUAUUCUGGAGGAAGAUUUCAAGUUUAGAAGAUUUGGAACAUAUAUAAAGACAAAUUCGUACUUAAAAGUCGCCAGGAACGGAACAAGAGCAAGAAAAAGAAUAAUAAAAAAUCAGAGCAAUGCCUUGGCUUCAAUCCUGAGCCGUUUCACUCUAUUAUCUGUUUUAGAAAGUUUACUUGUACAAAGAGACUUGAGAGUUUGUUAAACACAUUGUAAACGCCCUGUAAUCUAGAAGGACAAACUAU